CUCGUGGCCUCUCCCCCCAUUCCCCCAUCUAGGGUUUUCGCGAUGGCGUCGGCGUCGCGCUUCCUCCUCCUCUCAAGGCUCCCCGCCGCCGCCUCCUCCCGCCUGCUCCGCCCGCUCGCCGUCGCCUCCGCGGGGAGCCUCCUCCCGGCGGCGCUCGCCCCCUCGGCCCCGCGCGCGGCGGGGGCCAGGUGCUUCGCGACGCAGCCGGCGACCUCGUCGCUGCGGGACUCGUCACCGAACUGGAGCAACCGGCCCCCCAAGGAGACGAUCCUCCUCGACGGGUGCGACUUCGAGCACUGGCUGGUCGUCAUGGAGCCCCCCCCGGGCGAUCCCUCCAACCCCGAGCCCACCCGCGACGAGAUUAUUGACAGCUACAUCAAAACCCUCGCCCAGGUCGUUGGAAGUGAGGAAGAAGCAAGGCACAAGAUCUACUCGGUGUCAACUCGGCAUUACUUUGCUUUUGGAGCCCUUGUAUCUGAGGAGGUCUCCUACAAAAUCAAAGAGUUGCCGAAGGUCCGCUGGGUUCUUCCAGACUCAUACCUGGAUGUCAAAAACAAGGACUAUGGAGGAGAGCCUUUUAUAAAUGGAGAAGCUGUUCCUUAUGACCCCAAGUACCACGAGGAGUGGGUGAGAAACAAUGCACGUGCCAAUGACAGAAACCGACGCAAUGAUAGGCCUAGAAACUUUGACAGGUCAAGGAAUUUUGAGAGGAGAAGGGAGAACAUGCAGAACUUCCAGAACAGAGAUGUCCCUCCUGGUCAGGGAUUCAACAGCCCUCCUCCACCAGGGCAGGGCCCUGUCCCACCCCGUGAUGCUCCUCCCAUGCAUAAUGCUCAGGGAAAUGUGCCUCCACCACCACCAAAUGCAGGUGCUCCUCCAAGCUACCAUCCCCAUGCACCAAACCCACAAGCAGGCUAUGCAAACUAUCAGCAGGGUGGUGCGCCUGGCUACCAAGGUGGAGCGCCUGGCUAUCAAGGUGGUAACCAGGGCUACCAAGGUCCACCUCCACCCUCUGGUUAUCAGGGCAACAGCCCUGGAUACCGGGGAGGAGGGCCAGGUUACCAGGGCGGCAACCCGCCGCCGCCUCCUUACCAAGGUGGCAACCAUGGCUAUGGUGGUGGUGGUGGUUCACCAGGCUACCAAGGCCAAGGAGGAAACCCUAGCUACCAGCAAGGCGGCAAUAACUACAAUGCCGGUCCGCCAGGCUAUGAGAGGGACGGACCAGGGAGGAAUUACCAGUAGAACAUUGCCAUAACAAUGAUAUUGUAGAAUCUAGUACGAGCGCAACUCUACUAUUUGCUGUUCUGUUGUUUUUCAUGUAUACUCAACUGGUGCUUUGUGAACUCAGUUUCGUAUGUGUCGAGACAUCGAUGUGUCUGAAACUGGUUGCUGUCUGAGGCACUUCUAGCAUUAUAUGUUUGGUCAACUUGUGCUUUUUGUCCAAAUAAAUAACUGCUGCUAAUUGUGCUCUCGUACGGAGCUCGGGAGAUUGGUUGAUUUCAUUUCUGUUAAGUAGAGUAGAUUGUUCUGU